CCCUCUCCUCCCUGCUGACCACAGUGGGGGUUUUGCUCCCUCCUUCCACUUGUUGCUGCUGCUAAACAGAAGCCAACAGUCUCAGGGGAAAACCCAAGCGUACUAUUAUCUGUUCCUGUCAUCGCUAUGAGAGGAAAGGGACUGCCUUCCGUCUGUGUGCUUAUCCUUGUCGUUUUCAGAGAGUUGUCUGGAUUAAAGAUUCGGAACAAGCUUCUGGGCAAAUGCCUGCAGGUUCCAGGGGGAACAAGAGGAGGUCGAGUAUCACUGGGAGAGUGCAACCCAUUCUCGCCUGUGCAGGAAUGGCGCUGGCUCCCAGAAGGCCAGGCACUCAGCAGCCAGCACACUGGAGAAUGUCUGACCGCACCGAAGGAUGAGUAUGAGGGUGUUGUUCUGCAGCCCUGCAUUUUAAACGAUGGAGCUGGGGCAGAAGAUGUGGAAGGAGAGACAAGUAGCCAGGCGUGGACGUGCUCAAAAAAAGGCCACAUAACUCUGAUUGAGAAUAGGUUUCACUUGAGUGCUACGAAAGAUUCCUCCUUGGUUUUUCUGUUGAGGGAACAUAAGCAGGGCAGCAAGUGGCGAGCUCUUGAUAACCAGACGUUGUGCAACAACAGAGACCUGGAUCAACCUCCUCAUCAUGUGGGGGAAGAAAAGACAGAAACUUCUCAACGCCCUUUAUCUGAAAGGCAGAUGCCAAGGAAAACAUUUGGUGGUAUAUUGGGCUCCAAAGGGACGGAAGCAAAUUCUGUACAGGAUGGGAUGAUUCCCUACUCCUCUGGCACCAAAUCUCCUGAAGAUCCCACAAUGGUUUUUUUCACCGUGGACUAUGGAAUGGGAUGGAAGAUAACCAUGCUGGUGUUGAGCUCCUUGGCUCUGGUCCUAGGAACUUUAAUUCUCAUCAUCAAUGUGUACUCCAAUAGGAGGAAGAAGGUGGUUUGUGUUUUGAAGUCGUACUCCCCGAGGCCAGAGAUGAGUGUUCCUGGAUCGCCGGUACCUAGUGAAAGAGCAGCCUUGACAGAGCAUGCCAUGAACUUCCCACACUCCUCCCCAAGCUUACAGCGAGGGGAGAUCCUGAUUGAGUGGAAGGACGGCACAGUAACUCCGCUGUACGAGGCCUGAAAGAAGAUACCACUUCUGAUAGACAUCAGCGUAGUUGUUUCUCUGAAAGUAAACCAGUAGGAUAGUUUCCGUUUGAACAAGAGUGUAUUGCAAAAGCAGAAACCAAGAAACAGCAGCCGAAACUGGCCGUUUUGCUGGUAAACUGUUAACAACGUUAUAUAAAUUGUGUCACAACUGUAUACAUUUAUGAAUCACAUGAGAGAAUUUCCUCAUUGCUGAGCUGCCUGAGGAGGAAGAAGAGCACUGUUUAGAUUUCGCCCACGAGUUCACACUAAAUUAUGGGCUAGGGUUCAAAACAAAAAAAAAAAGCCUCACUGAAAAACUGCUAAAUAAUGAUUUAGUGUAGAAUAUAUGCAACUACUUAUAAAUGUAGUUAAUUUGAGUUUUUUAAUUAAACGACAUUUAUGAUGCUGACAUAGAGUGUUACUUUAAAAUAUUACAUCGCCUGGUAAAAUUUUUUACAUGUACACAAUAAAAAUUAUCAGUUAAUACCAGGCUAAAAAACAAACAAAAAUCUAAACAACUGUGCAUAAAAACACAGGAUAUGUUUAAAAUGGUCAUCAAUUAAUACACUUUAAAGGAAGCGAAAAAGGAAAAGCUGUGUGUGCAAAACUAGCUGCACCCUUGCUAUUUAAGAUGUUAAGUCAUAGCCCGGUACUCCUAAUCAAGUGCACUUCAUGAACUGAUCUUCAGCAAGUGUGACCACCUCCAGAGGAUUUGCUUGCCUAGAGGAUACGAUUUGUUUUAAGACAGUGGCGGAGAAAAAAAAGUUGACCAUUUAAGAGAAGCAGUUGCUGCUGCUCACCAGUCUGUGGUAAGGGGGGUUUAUUUCCAAACUGUUUUAAGUCCGUUAUUCUACAAUUAGAAAUUAAAUUCUUAAAUGGAAAAGAUUUAAGAGAGUUGCCGAGUUCAGAUCAUACAAUGGUGAAGAACUGAAGAACUUCUUGAUGUUGGAUUUGACCUCAUCAUCUCAGUCGACAUCUUAAAUGGAACACUGUAUGAGUGCAAUUAUCAAAAAAAAAAAAAAAAUUUUUUUAAAAAUUUAGCUUCUUUGAAAGGAUUUGUAGAAGAAAGUGUGGUCUUUCUAACAAAGCUUCAGAUCCAACCUGUUCUUUGGUAAAUUAGAGAUGUUAGGCAGAAAUGCAAAGCGCCAUCUUUGAGGAAAAUCUAAUGCAGCAUAUUGGCACAAACCUUUCAGAUUCAGAUUCACUUUAUUAGCCAUUUGCAGUUUUACCUGCAUUGGAAAAAAAUGUGCAAGUAGCUCAGAGUGCAGAGUCAACGUAAACACAUCAGAGGACACAACAUAGAAAACAGACAGACAAAGCCACAUGAAGCCUCAAUAUUAAAAAAAUGCUCCAUAUAAAAGUAAAAAUACUGUACAAUAAAAUCCAUACAUACAUACAUACAAGUGCCUAGUUUAAAGAUGCUUUGUUCAAAGCAAUCACAGCUUGUGGGAAGAAGCUGUGUAAAUGGCGAUCAGUAGUACAUUUUGCAGAACGAUACCUUCUCCCUGAGGGAAGCAUCUCAAAGAAAGCCCUUGCUGGAUGGCCUGAGGCAUCAUUAGCCAGCUGUAAAGCUCGAUUCAAUACUCUAGCCUUAUAUGUGAACUCAUGCUAGCAUUCCAGGAUGGUGGUGAAGGGUGAUUAUUUAAACUCAUGCUGCCACGGGUUCUGGUCCCCUUGCAGUCAUUGAACCUAUAAUGAAGUGUUCUGUAAAUCCAAGGUCAAUGUGGUGUCUCAAGUAUUCUAGAGUUCGAUGUGAGACCAUCUAUCUGAUGACAAAAGCUUGACCAAACUGGGCCAUGAAACAGCGGUAAAUCUACAACAGAGUGGCUGAAAAAGAAAAUAAUGAAGAUGCUUUAAAGAUCUGGUCAAAUUUCAGACCUCAGUCUAAUUAGAAUAUUGCGGUGGGACUUUAAGGAGCAGAGAUUGAUGUCUGCAAACCUCGAGAUAAAGCAAAAGUGGUCCAAAAUUCCUUCAUAAUGACGGAAUUGACUAUCAAAUCCAUAUUGAAACCGACUACUCCAUCUUAUUGUUCAAUGUGGGUGAGUAUUUUUUAGUUUUUCACACUAAGACUUUACAUUUUUGCUUGAAGAUAUUUCUUGUCUGAUAGAUAGUCACAUAGUAAAUGCUGUAGUGUGUGUUUUUGUAUGCUUGAUGGUAGACGUGAAUAAUUUAAAAAACCUGAUAAACAUCGGAAGAAAUUAAAUUCUGCCCUGCUACUUAGAGUCCAAGAAUUGAUAGAAGAAUUUCAAGUGUAUGGUUUGGUAGCUCUAAAACAUAUUUUGACAAAACUAACACUUUGACAAAAUUCUCUCUUUUUUCAUAUUUUUGCUCAGUCUAUUAUCCUAGGCUUAUCCUUAACAAUAAAUAAAAAAUGAUCUAUAUAGCACUUAAAAAUAAUCAGCUAAAGCAACCAAAGCACUUAAUAGUGGAAUCACAAUACUUAAAUACAUACAACCAUAAAAGCAGACAAGAAAAUAAAAAUUGUAGAUAAAAUGCCAACAUGUUAGUUGGUAUUAAAAGCCUUUCUAAAAAAAAAAAAAAAAGUCUUAAGCUUGGAUUUAAAGAUGCCUGGGUCUGCGAUGGAGUGAAGGUCAAAGGGAAGCUGGCUCCAAAGACAAUGGAAAAAAUGUAAAAUGUGACUGAAGGAUGUCAAAAUGUUGUGGCAUUUCCCACCGCUGCCUUAAAAGACACAAGAAAGUUUUUGGUGCCAACUAGGAAUUCAAAUGAUGUGUGGAUUUUGUCUUUGCUUCCAUUGCCAGCUUUGGAUUUCCCCAUUUCUUCUUAUCUGUUUUUUAUUAUUUUUUUUAUUUUUUUUCUAUUUUAGCAAAUAUGCAUGUUAAAGGUUCAAGGGGGAGAAUAAAUUGGUAACAGACGUAUGUUAAGAUCCUGGCAUUCCAUCCCGAGUAACUUGCCUCUCUGUGUAAAUCAGCUGGUAUCCAUUCUGGACCCAAGACAACUCUAAAAGAGCAGAGGGAGACGAGUUUGCUCCCCCCGCCCUGCUCCCCUUUGAAUUUUGAAAGGUCUAAAACAUUAAGAGUUUAUUUUUGAAUGGUGAAUGAUUGAGUUAUUUUUAUGUUCUGGUAGAAUUCUUUGUUUCACAUGAAAUGUAUUCCGUAUCUAGUCUGGCUAAUAAAGUAACUAAAAUACUAA